AUGAUUUCUAUAGCAAACGAAUUAUCAAAGUAUGGACACAAUAACUAUUUUAUACUAAAUACAAAACUCACUAAAACUUUCCAAAAGGAACAAAACAUGAAUAUCCUUUCCAUGGACGAGAUCCCAGAACUUAGAAAAACCUUUUCUCACGCACAGCAGAAAAUAGUAUCAAAACGAAUAUUUGUGAUAAGAAGGGUUUUGACUUUAAUUCCUCUGAUAUGUGAUAGAAUUCUGAAGGAUGAGAAAUGGAUCGAAACCCUGCGAGCGGUCAAUGCUAGUUUAGCUGUUAUUAAUGGACUGUUUUCGACAAAUUGUCUUACAAUAAUUGCCCGUCAAUUGUCAAUUCCAUUUGUUCUCACAGGAUCUGAGAUAUUUCCUAGUCUUCAUCGCAUUCCAUGGCUUCCCAAUGUUUUUCCAAAUAGUUUCAUCGGAUCCUCGAGCAAGACGACAUAUUCGGAAAAGAUAAUCAAUACUUUGGUUGCUCUUGUAGACUACACCAUUCCUCCUAUUGGAGCGCCUGUACACAGCGUCAAGACAUAUGCGAAAGACGAACCUGAUAUUUCAUUCACAGAUUUGCUACAUCAGGCACAAUUUUAUCUUAUUGAAAAAGAUGUACUUCUAGAUUAUCCUCUACCACAACUUCCAAAUGUAAGAUACGUUGGUGGUCUAGCUACAAAACGAUCAUUGCCUUUGAAGGGAGAAUUAGUGAAAUUCGUAAAUGCGUCGAAGAAUGGAAUAGUUGUGGUGUCAUUUGGCAGUAAUAUCAAGGAUUUCCCUGUUGUUCAAUUAGAAAAACUACAAACUGCAUUGAAACAAAUAAAAUAUGAUGUUGUGUGGAGACAGGAGAAAACAUCGUUUUCUCAUAAGAAUAUUUAUAUCAGUGAUUGGGUACCACAAAACGAUCUGCUUGGCCAUCCUAAGACAAAAUUAUUUGUUACUCAUUGUGGGAACAGCGGUCAGUUUGAAGCUUUGUUCCAUGGGGUGCCAAUGCUGGGGAUACCUUUGUUUUUAGACCAGUUUUAUAACUCUCGCAGAAUGACCGAGAAAGGAUACGGAUUGUCUCUAGACAUAGAGAACUUUACUCCGGAGGAAUUAAUAGAGAAAAUAAACGAACUAAUUGAAAACAAAACAUAUUCUGAGAAAAUUAAAAGAGCGAGUGAAAUAUUUCACUCCCGACCCGAAUAUCCAGCGAAGAAAUCAGCCCGACACAUUGAUCACAUCUUGAAAUACGGUGGAGAAUAUUUAAAGUCUCCGUGUCAAGGCAGUCGAUUGUAUGAAUUUUUAAUGAUCGAUGUAUUGGCUCCUAUAUUUGCAGUAAUAUCACUUUUGAUAUAUUUGACCUGUCUAAUUGGGAAAAAAUGUUUAACUAUUUUUUGUAAGAAGAAAACGAAGGUUGACUAAAUUAUGUUUUGG